AUGGCGCCUUCUCUCCAAUUGACGCUUGUUAUUGUAGCGAUUCUGCUCUCAACCUUCUGCUUUCCGGGAGCAACCGCCACCACUGGUGGCCUGACGAAUCCGUCCACUCUGGAUUUGGCUUCUUCACCGACUUCGGCAACCGCCACGCCACAGGAUGUUCACGAUUCCUUCGCUCCGACUUCGAUCUUCGAGCCGAUCCUGGCAAAUCUAGGGUUCCAGGAACUCUCCAUGGCUGUUCCUUCUCUCUCUGAUGACUCGGCGUUCACUACCUGGAACGGUCCGACAACUCUCUUCGCUCCGACGGAUUCGUCGAUCCGAAGCUGUUCUUCCUGCUCCGUAGUUCGCCUUCUCCGUGAACACAUUGUUCCAGGCCUCUUCUCGUACGAAUACCUCCGGAAACUAGCUUUCGGUACGAAGAUCGAGACUAUGGAUCCUGGACGUUGCAUCACGGUAACAUCAUCGACUGAUGCGAAUAACUACACGAAGAUCUUCAUUGGAGGCGUAGAGAUCACUCGUCCGGAUCUGUUUAACAACGGUCUCGUUGUUGUUCACGGUCUUCAAGGCUACGUGGCUCCUCUCUCUCCGUUCUCAUGCAACAUCGAACGAAUGACGUCUCUGUCAUUCCCUAGCCAGACAGAUAAUCGACAUAAUGUUGCACAUCAAUCCGUCCACUAUCCGACGUAUAUAAUGCGGCUUAUGCUAAGAGAUGCUAUGCUCAGACUACGCAACAGUGGAUUCAGCAUUCUCGCUCUGGCAAUGAAGUUGAAAUCAGCGGAACUCAUGAAUAUCCAGAACAUGACGGUGUUUGCACUCGACGAUGUUUCUAUCUUUUCUGGUUCGCAUUCCUAUGUCAACAACAUCAGGUUCCACGUAAUUCCUAACAAGCUACUCCCGAUCUCUGACCUUGAGAAGAUUUCAUCUGGAACUGUACUACCAACGCUCGAAACAGGCCAGUCGCUGAUGGUGACGACAACUGCGGGCGGAUUUACGCCGAUGAGGAUCAAUUACGUUCGGAUUAAGGUCCCGGACGUAAUGCGCAACCUGAAGAUCGUGGUUCACAGCAUCUACUUGCCGUUCCCUCACCUUCAUCCCUCUGCUGUUUCGUAUGAAGAGACUGGUAGCAGUACUGGAGACGCUUCGCCACCUUUUGAUCGGAAGGAUAUGAUUAACCUGACUGCCGCGUCCGGAUCGUGUGAUGUUGUGGACCAAGUAAGUGGAAGUUGUGCUGUUGGUACCGGCAUUGGUACCACAGCUGAGGUCAAGCCCAUGGUAGUGAGGACGGGGCACCAAGGCCUCUAA